AUGGCUAAUUCCUCCCACUGCUACCUCCCUCGCUUCACUACGGCGGUCGAGGGGCCUAAACGCCUGGUUUCGAUGAAGACGAGACCGACCCCUUUGCAACAUGCGCAGUUGUUAACCGCAUUCCACGAAGGGCGACUAGACUCCGUAUUGUGGGCCACCUGGGGCUUGGUCCUGCACUACUACGUCCGCUCCGAAGAUAUCUGCUUCGGCUACCAACACAUUGACGGCGACUCUAUUUCUUCUCGCCACCCUGUACAGCGGGCGAGUAUCAGCAAACUGUCAGCCGUCCGGCUGGCCAUUGACGAGAACGACUCCAUCCAGACAAUUGUAGAUAAAGUGCGGAACCGUGAUGGAGUCGACUCGCAGCUCGGGGGCAUGAGAAGCGAUGAGGGCGCUUCUGAUGGAGGCUACUUGCCUUUCAACACCAUCCUGAUGCUGCGUACAUACCGCAAGGCGAUCGAUAAAACCUCCUCUCCGCUCUCUCAACAACCAAUGCUGGCAAUCGCACUCCCAGACCAGUGCCUAGUUCGCCUCCAUGUGAAGGUGUUGCGCCGGGACAUCACCAUCUUCCUCGACUGGCGGAAUGGGGACAUGUCGGGUGAGCAAAUGAAGAGCGUUGCCCACAUCUUUGAGCAGAUGCUUGGCCAAGUACUUUCGUCCGAGAACACCGCUAUUAGCCAGCUUAAUUUGUUCUCGGACAAUGACUGGCAGCGCAUCCGCAAGUGGAACUCGCAUACUCCGAAGAUCUACGAUUGGUGCAUCCACGAUGCAAUCCGCGAUCAGGCUCUCAGCGGUCCUGACAGAGAAGCUGUGAGCGCGUGGGAUGGAAGCUUGACAUACGGGGAGCUCGAUGUCGUGGCGUCGAAACUCGCCUGUCAACUGCGCAUGCAGGGCGUCGGCCCGGAAGGGCGUGUUGCACUCUGCUUUGAUAAAUCGAAAUGGAACAUAGUUGCGAUGCUUGGCGUGAUGAAAGCCGGCGGAGCCUUCGUCCCAUUAGACCCGACCCACCCGACCUCGCGCCUGCAACGUUUAAUCGAGUCGGUCAAGGCUGAAGUCGUGUUGUGCUCCCCGUCCCGCGUCGAGGCUCUCCGGCCCAUUGCGAAGACGUUAAUCCCCCUCUGCGCCGAUACCCUGGAUCGCUUGCCAGGCCCUGCGGAGGGUGUCGACCUCGCAUCGGGUGUUACGAGCCAGAAUGCCGCCUAUGUUUUGUUCACCUCCGGGUCCACGGGAGAGCCCAAGGGCACCCUGUUGGAGCACCGCGCGUUCUUGUCGAGCGCAAUGGUGCAUGGCCCCGGCCUGCGAGUCUUCCGUGAUACACGAGCGCUGCAUUUUGCGGCUCACACCUUCGACGCCAGUUUGGCCGAGACGCUGACGCCGUUGAUCCACGGUGCAUGUGUGUGCAUUCCCAGCGAGGAGACGCGGUUAAAUGACAUUGUCGGAUUCAUCAACGAGCACCGGGUCAACCAAGCAUGCUUCACCCCGUCAUUCAUCGGCUUUAUUGAAAUGGACAGCGUGCCGGGGUUGCAGAGUCUCGUUCUGGCCGGCGAGGCAAUGUCUCAGUCGCAGCUGGCCACAUGGUCCAAAAUAAAACUGGUCAAUGGGUACGGCCCAACCGAGGCCAGUGUCGCAUCUGUGCUGAACUCGAAUGUCACACCUACCACCGAUUGCAAAGAUAUCGGCCUGCCAGUUGGUGUCCGCUCAUGGCUUGUUGAUCCUGCAAACCACGACCAGCUCGUCCCCGUCGGCUGCCCGGGCGAACUACUUCUCGAGGGGCCGACACUUGCCCGUUGCUACGUCAAUAAUCCAGAAAAGACGAACGAGUCUUUUAUCUACGACCCUGCCUGGGUGAAAUUCGAUGAAAGAGGAGGAUCGAAUCGCAGAUUUUAUAAAACAGGGGAUUUGGUGAGGUACAACUCCGACACGGGCGCUAUGAACUACAUUGGUCGCAAAGACACUCAAGUCAAGGUUCACGGCCAGCGAAUCGAACUGGGCGAAAUCGAGAACCAAUUGAACAAGGACGAUAAAGUUACGCAUUGUUCCGUAUUUUUCCCAAAGGCGGGAUUCUCCCAGGGCCGACUCGCAGCCGUCAUCUCCUCCGCAGGCCUGCUCGCGGAACAAUCAGAUGCAGACUUGGAGCCCUUGCGGUUAAUUCCCUCGACUCAGAAAGCGAAAAUUGUGCGAGGUAUUCGUGAACGACUGGGAGAUCGCCUACCGACGUACAUGGUUCCUUCAGUCUGGUUGUGCGUAGAAUCUAUGCCACUUCUCCCGUCAGGGAAACUUGACCGAAAGGGUAUCGCGAGCUGGGUUACGAGCAUGGAAACGGAUCCUGAUCUUGCAAAAGCGAGCCCUGAAUUCAUACCGACUGGAGGGAUCUCUGAGGCGACUAAUGAAAAGGAGGAGGCUCUGGUUGCUGUUUACAGCCGUGUUCUCAACAUUCCUCAGAACCUCGUCAGGUUAGAUGAGAGCUUCCUCGCAAUGGGUGGUGACUCAAUUGCGGCUAUGACUUGCAUUGGCAUGUUCAAGAAGCGUGGCAUUGGAUUGUCUGUUCAGGACGUCUUGCGCAGCAAGUCGAUCCGAGAUUUGGCUUCGCGGGCCCGAGCCAUUGGCAAUGCUACCACUUACCAGGAGGCUGUUGACCAGCCGUUUGAACUUUCUCCCAUCCAGCACCUUCACUUCGGUGUUCGCAAGGAAGGGCAGGGUCAUUUCAAUCAGGGCAUUCUCACUCGUCUCAGCAAGCCUAUUGAUCAACGGACUCUCUCGAAAGCGAUUGAGACUCUUGUUUCUCGCCACUCUAUGCUUCGCGCUAGGUUUGAUAAUACCGGAUUCGGUACUGCAUUGAAGCAGCGAAUCACACAGGAUGUGAAGGGCUCCUUCAGACUGCGUACCAACAGCGUUAAUAGCAUGGAGGAGACCAAGGCGUUUAUUGGCAGCAGCCAGUCCUGCAUCAACGCUUUUACGGGCCCUCUGCUGGCUGCUGACUACUUCCGUGUCAAGGGCGAGGAGAAAUGUCAUGUGCUUUCCAUGACUGCUCACCACCUCGUGGUUGAUAUUGUCUCUUGGAGGAUUAUUCUGGAAGAUCUGGAGGAUUUGCUCGUGAACCCUGGCAAGAGUAUGAGCGAGAAUGGAUCGCUUCCUUUCCAGACCUGGUGCAAGUUGCAAGAGGAGUACUGCAAAGACCUGAUCAAAGAGGGCAAGGCCCCAACCAGUCAACUUCCGGUCAUUGACUUCGGUUACUGGGGGCUAAAGAAUAGCCAAACGACUUACGGUGAUGUUGACUGUGCAUCCUUCGAAAUCGACGUAGUUCACUCUAAUGCCCUCAUGAUGGAAUGCCAUAAAGCACUGAACACAGAGCCAAUCGAUAUCUUCCUUGCCUCCAUGCUGCAUUCAUUUGGCAAGACCUUUACCGAUAGACCACUGCCAACGGUCUAUAAUGAAGGACACGGCAGAGAGGUGUGGGAUCCCUCGAUUGAUAUCUCGCACACAGUCGGCUGGUUUACUAUUCUGCACCCCAUCUUCGUUCCAGACUACAAGGCAGACAGUGCGAUCGACACCUUGAUUCAGAUUAAGGACUUGCGCCGCCGAGUCUCCGACAAUGGCCGGGCUGCCUUCGCUAGCCGUGUGCUUCAACUCGAGGGAAAGGAGAGUGGUCGUCACCCACAUCCGUUCGAGAUGUCGUUCAACUAUGUGGGUCAACACCGUGACCUCCAAAGAAAGGACGGCCUGUUCCAGCUUGUGGACCAAAUGGCUGGCGAAGCUGGUCAGGGUAGUGAUGCUGCCGAUUUCGGGAAACAGACUCCUCGGUUUGGCUUGUUUGAGAUUUCGGCAAUGGUAGUUGCUGGCAAGAUUCGGUUCACAUUCUCUUUCAACAAGUUUAUGCAGCACCAGAACCGGAUUCAUGAUUGGGUGUCGAACUGCCAACAGCAACUUGUCUCCUUGUCUGAGCAGCUGAGUGCGAUGUCGCCCCGUUUGACCUUGAGCUCUUUCCCGAUGCUCUCUUUGAAUUACGAGACACUUGACAAAUUGCUCACGCAGAAGCUGCCCGCAAUCGGUGUCAGGUCAUCGGAGAUGGUGGAGGACAUUUAUCCUUGCUCUCGCAUGCAGCAGGGCAUUCUGCUUGGCCGGGCGCGGGACAGCUCGUACUAUGCUGUGCAUGAUACAUUCAAAGUUCGCGGGACUGGAUUGACCAAACCAAACCUGGAGCGCUUGAUCGAGGCUUGGAAGCAAGUAAUUUCCCACCAUGCCAUGUUCCGGACUAUCUUCGUGGAGAAUCUCACACCUCGGGAUCCGUUCAGCCAAGUUGUGCUGAAAGAGUACGAUGUUACGCCCGUCAUCCUGCAGUCCACCAGUGACAACGAUGUUUUGGCUACAUUUGAUGCCCAGGGCCCCAAAGACUAUAGUGAGAUUGCCCCCGCAUACCGCUUCAGCAUCUGUGAGACUCCCAGCAGGGAGUUAUUUUGCCGAAUCGAAUUGAGCCAUGCUGCUAUGGAUGGGAACUCAAUUUCCAUCAUCAUGCGUGAUCUGCAGUUGGCGUACGCUGGCAGAAUUGGAGAGAGCCGCCGGCCAUUGUUCAAGGAUUACAUUCAGUAUCUGCUUGAUGCCCCACAGGAGGCCAGCAUUAAAUACUGGCGGUCAUACCUGUCCGACGCCAGGCCAUGUCUCUUCCCCAUUCUCACCGAUGAUCAGAAAUCAGUGCAAAAGAGCCUCCGCUCGGUCCCUGUCAGCUUUAAUUCCUUGCCUCAGCUCCAGAGUGUCUGUGAGAGUAAGGGUAUUACACUAUCCAAUGUGUUCAAUGCGGCCUGGGGCCUCACUCUGCGCAUGUUCUGUGGAUCCAACGACGUCAGCUUCAGCUACAUGGCCUCUUUACGAGAUGUUCCCGCAGACGGAGUACAGUGGGUGGUUGGCCCCGUCAUCAACCUCAUGGUUUGCCGCAUGAAGUUCUCCAGUGAUUCGCUUCUUACCGAUGUCCUUGAGCAAAUUCAGAAUGACUACAUGGAAAGUCUGCCGUACCGACACACCUCCUUGAUUGAUAUCCAGCAUGCGCUCAAGCUGUCCGAUGCCAAUUUGUUCAAUUCCGGUGUUUCUUACCGUCGCUUGCCUGGCGCUAAAGAUGCUGUCACCAGUGACAUUGAGUGUGUGGAGGUUGGCUCCAUUCAUGACCCGGCUGAGUUCCCGGUUUUCAUCAACAUUGAAGCCAUGGAUACGCAAGCUCGUAUUGACUUGAACUACUGGACCACCAACCUUUCCGAUGACCAGGCGGCGAACGUCGCGAACACCUAUGUUCGAUGCCUGGAGAGCAUUCUGACGCACCCAGACAGCGAGAUCGGUCAGCUUGACUGUGUCAGUGACUCUAACAAGGUCGACAUUCAAUCCUGGAACCGGAAGACCACCAAAGGCCUUGACCGAUGCGUGCACGAGGUCGUUCAGAAGAUGGCUAAGGAGAAGCCAGACUAUUUGGCAAUCGCUGCUUGGGACGGCAAUCUGACUUACUUCAAGCUGGAUCAGUACUCCUCACGACUUGCCAGUUACUUGGUUACUUUCGGGGUCGGCCCAGGAAGUCUGAUCCCGAUCUGUUUUGAAAAAUCCGUUUGGAACACCGUUGCCAUGUUGGCCAUCAUGAAAGCUGGCGGCGGCUGUAUUCCUGUCGAUAGUGCCAAGACGAUGGCUCUCAUUGACAAGUGGGUUCUAGAAAAUGCUGUCCAGGUCGCUCUCGCCUCCCCGGAGAAGGCUCAAAUCCUCGAGGAGACCAUCUCAUAUGUCAUUCCUGUCAGCGAGUCCCUCCUGGAGUACCUUAAUGAUGAGCCCCUGCCAUUGACCGCCACCCCGUCUGAUCCGGCCUACGUUGUGUUCACGUCUGGUACUUCACGCCGAGCUCGCGGUGCUGUGCUCGACCAUGGUGCCAUUAUGAGUCGAGCCGACGCCUUUGCUUCUUGCCUUGGACUUGCCAACUCCUCCAGGACCUUGCAGUUUGCAGCUCAUACUUCCGACGUGUUAUUGCUGGAGACUUUCGGGACUUUGAGUCGUGGGGGAUGCGUUUGCAUUCCCGCUGAUAUCAAGCCAGCCAACCUCGCCGCUUCCAUCAGUGUCCUCCAUGCCAAUGUUGCCUGCAUUACUCCAACUAUUGCUUCCUUCAUGGCUCCCAAGGACGUCUCCAGCUUGAAAAUAGUUGCAUUCACUGGCGAAUCAGCUUCAGCGAAGCUUCUCGAGAACUGGGAGACCGAGGACCUCCAAAUCCACCUUUUGUAUGGCACCGCGGAGGGGUCUUCUGCAUCCAUGCACUGCAAGGUUGUUGCCGGGAUGACUGAGGGUACUAUUGGAACAGGAGUUUCCGCCAUCUCUUGGAUUAUUGAUGCCACUAACCAUAACGCUCUCGUUCCCGUGGGCGCAAUUGGUGAGUUGGCCAUCGAAGGGCCGGUGCUCGCCCGUGGCUACUUGGAUGGCAAGGAUCUCGACGAGUCGGACUAUUUCGAGAACCCUGCCUGGAUUUAUGCCUUCCCUGGUUCAGCUAACCGGAGAUUCUUCAAGACUGGUGACCUUGUCCGCUACAACACGGAUGGAUCUUUGGUAUUCAUUGGACGAAAGAGCGUCCAUGGUGUGUGCUUCGAUCGAACGAACCUUCAACAAACUGUCCAAGCAUUUCUUGGGCGGAAUAAAAUCUCAGUGAUUGAUAUUUUGACCCUACCAGGAGCCGAUUCGGAUGGCAUGGUUGCGUUCAUUGGUUCACCAGGUACCGCAACAGCCGCCUUUGAAGAAAAGGUCAUCCUGACUUUUGCGCCUGAGUUGAAGUCAACGAUCGCGUCGCUGCACACGCAUCUGACUACGAAGGUCUCCACCAGCAAGGUUCCGAGUACAUACAUUCCGAUCUCCGCACUCCCUUUAACUCCCUUUGGCAAGCUAAACUACCAGGCUCUAAAGACAGAGCUCGAAGCUCUUCCCACGAGUGUUUUGCGCUCUUUCGAUUUCAAACAUUGGUCAGGAGCUGGAUCGGCAAACCGCACCUCCUCCUAUGGAUCAUAUAUUUCCAAUACCCAUCUCGCCUUCUGGAAGGAAUAUCUUACUGAUGUAGAGCCGUGCAACUUCCCGCCAAUCGCACUCCAGGCCAAUGAGAAGGAAUAUUCGACACGCACUCUCAACAAGCAAACGCAGAAGUUGCAUACUUUCAGCAAAAUGUCUGGUGUUUCGAUGGAAACUUUGUUCCAGACUGCUUGGGGCAUUGUCCUGCGAUGCUAUACCGGCGGCGACGAUGUCUGCUUUGGUUUCUCUACAGAGUCCAAUGCUCAAUGCGUCUCUGUUUGCCGCAUUCUUUUGAAUAACGACCGGAAAUUAGAAGAGACGCUACAGCAGUCCAAGGCACAAUUCGAUAAAUGUUGCGAGAACUUCGCCGACCUUGCUGUUAUCCAGCACCACCUUGGUCUCGACGACGCGAAUCUCUUCAACACCCUCCUUACCUACCAGACUGCCUCGUCCCUUCCUCAGGGUAAUUUUGGUGACUCGAACGCAAUUAAGGACUACAAGGUUGCUGUUGCGGCUGUUGUAUCCAGCGCUGUUGCUGAAAUUCACUUCACCUACUCCGCCGAUACCCUCACCUCCACCCAGAUCACUCACGUCAUUGAUGUGUUCGAUCACAUCCUCAACGACAUCAUGUCUUCCAACCCACGUUAUCGCACAGUUGGCGAUCUGGAUCUUUUCCCCCAACGAUCUUGCCGCCAAAUCCGCGAGUGGAAUGCCAAACUUCCGCCCAGAAUGGAUGCGUGCGCCGACGAGCUCAUCCAACAGCAAGCUCUCCUCCAUCCCCGUGCUGAAGCUAUCUGCUCAUGGGAAAAGAACUUCACUUAUGGCCAGUUGGAAAUCGUUGCCAGCCGCCUUGGUCGCCAUCUCACCCAUUCCGGAGUCAAGCCUGAAGCUUUUGUUGUUCUCUGCUUCGAGAAGUCCGCCUGGGCUGUUGUUGCUCAGUUGGCGGUUCUCAAGGCCGGGGGUGCAUUUGUGUCAAUUGAUCCUUCCCACCCUGACUCCCGUCUACAGAUGCUCAUUAAUGAGAUUGGUGCUGAUCUCGUUCUCUGCUCGUCCUCUCUGCAGUCCAAACUAUCCAAGCUGUGCAAAAAGGCCUUCCCAGUCUCGCAAAACUCGAUAUCCCAGCUUCCUGAAUCCCCUCUCGCGUUGCCUGGUGUUCGACCGACCCCUCAAAAUGCUGCAUACGCCAUUUUUACAUCUGGGACCACUGGCAAGCCCAAGGCCACGGUGGUCGAGCAUGUUGCGCUGAGCACGACCGCCAUCGCUAUGAUGGACGCUCUUCACAUGAAUUCGGGUACUCGUGCCCUCCAAUUCUCUAAUUACACCUUUGAUGUCAGUGUUCUCGAGAUCAUGAUGACAUUGAUGACCGGUGGCUGUGUCUGUGUGCCGAGUGAAGAAGAGCGUAUGAACAAUCUGGGCGGUGCUAUCCGCCGCAUGGAAGCCAACUACAUGGCUUCGCCUCCGGCGAUUGUUAAUACUUUGGAGCCGAAGACCGUGCCGACACUGAAGACCAUCAUCACUGGUGGUGAAAAAAUGCCCGCCAACCACAUCGAUCGCUGGCAUGACCGAUUUGUUAUCAACGCCUAUGGCCCGUCUGAAGCCACCGUUGUCGCCACGGUCGGCGUCAAAGUCGACUGGGAGGGCAAUCGUGUCAAUGAUGAUCCCACCUCAAUCGGUACUGCUGCAAACUGUCGAGUGUGGAUUGUUGACCCGAACAAUUACAACCGCCUUCUUCCUGUUGGCGCUGUGGGUGAGAUGCUCCUAGAGGGAAGCAACAUUGCUCGGGAGUACCUCGGCAAUCCAGAGAAAACAAAGGCUGCUUUCGUUGACGAUCCAAUUUGGAGCAACCACAGUGGUAUGCUUGGCCUCUUCAAGCGCAAAGACCGCAUGUACCGGACUGGUGAUCUCGUCCGGUACAAUAGCGAUGGCACUCUUGCGUUCAUCUCCCGCAAGGACACGCAGAUAAAGUUCAACGGCCAGCGCAUUGAGCUGGAGGAAAUUGAGCAGCAGUGCCUCCGUUGCCUGCCAGAGGGCUCUCAAGUUGCGGUGGAUGUUGUUGUUCCUCAAGAGCGAACCGUCGCAAAGGGUCUUGCGGCAUUCUUUACUGUUCAUGAUCAGGACUCCUUCCAGGGUGGUAGCACCGAUCAGUUUGUUCCUACCGUCCCCGGUGCAGAUCCCUUGCUUCUCCCAAUCUCUGUUUCAAACAUGGACGCCGUUCAGAAGCUAAAAAGCUCUCUACCUGAUUUGUUGCCACAAAGCAUGAUGCCUCGUCUGUUCUUCCCGCUGCGCAAUCUGCCAUUCACUUCUUCUGCAAAGAUCGAUCGCCGCAGACUGCGUGCAAUGGUGCAGACUUUGCCUAAAGAGACACUCAAGUCCUACGUUACCUUCAAUGUGCCUAACAAGAAUGAAGAACUAUCAACCAAUGGCGUUGAUGCGAAGCUCCGUGACCUUUGGGAAAAGACACUCGACCUUGAGCCCGGGUCUGUGACUAACGAAGAUAGCUUCUUUGCUCUGGGUGGCGACUCAUUCUCUGCCAUGAACCUGGUUGGGGCUGCCCAGGCCCAGGGUAUGUCUCUCAAUGUUGCCACAAUCUUCAAAACGCCUGUUCUGUUUGACAUGGCCAAGAGCUGCUCUGAGUCUAUAGAGACUCCCGCGCCCGAACAGGUCUUUUCGAAGCCAUUCUCCGUUCUUCCACCAUCUGUCAAUAUCGAUGACCUCUUGCAAGAGGUUACAGACAACUGUGUUGUUUCUAAGGAAGCAGUGCUUGAUGUCUACCCAUGCAGUGCUGUUCAGGAGGGUCUCCUCACAAUGUCCAUCAAACACCAUGGUGCAUAUGUUGCCCAGCCAGCGUUCCGCCUUGCCGACGGUGCUGACCUGAACCGCUUCAAAGCUGCUUGGCAGCAGACUGUAGCCGACUUAGACAUUCUUCGUACCCGAAUUGUUCACACAGAGGCGAUGAACUUCGCCCAGGUUGUUCUCAAGGAAGCUCCUAUCGACUGGGUCCAUGCGGAAUCUUUCGAUGAGUUGCCAAGCGAUAUUCUGGAACUGCCUAAACACAAUGGUGCUCCGUUGACUGGGUAUGCAAUUGUCCAGCCCCGAAAAACAUCCGCGUGCUACUUUGUCUGGUCCGUCCACCACGCCCUCUACGAUGGUUGGAGUAUUCCUCUCGUGUACCGCAAGCUCGAGGAGAACUAUAAUGCAUCACAGGAGAGGCUGCCUGCGGCUUCUUAUGGCCUCUUUAUCGAUUAUCUCAGCAAGAAGAAUAUGGAAGAAUCCGAUGCGUUCUGGAAGACCUAUCUCGCAAACAUGUCCGCCACUCCUUUCCCCCAAAAUAAGAACUCCUUGUCAGAUGCAAUCCGUGCCGGAAAUACGCAGUACCACUCUGUGGAGAUUUCACGUCCCGCAAACAGUGUUGACUUUACCUUGCCUGUCCUUCUUCGGGCUGCUUGGGCCAUUGUGGUUGCUACUCACACUAGCACUGGAGAUGUAUGCUUUGGUGAGACUUUGUCUGGCCGCAAUAUCGACCUCCCAGGUGUCGGAAACAUUGCUGGUCCUGUUCUCACCACCGUCCCCACUCGCAUCAUGGUCGACAAUCAGAUGACCAUUGUCAAGUACCUGGAUACAAUUCAUCAGUCCACCACGGACAUGAUUCCUCAUCUACAUGCCGGCCUCCAGCGCAUUCGGUCCUUGAACAAUGACACCUCUGCUGGUUGUGGCUUCCAAAAUCUGUUGGUCAUUCAGUCAACGGAGGGCGAGCUCGACAGCAAGAUUUGGAUUGAUGAGAAGCGGGAGACCAGCGAAGACUUCUUCACCCACCCGCUUGUUAUUGAAUGUGGCAUCUCCAAGACGUGCAUUUCAUUCACCGUUCAUCAUGACGAGCUCGUCAUCAAUGGCUGGCAAAGCAAGCGUCUGGCGCAGCAGUUCGGUCAUGUGAUUAAACAACUCAUGUCAAUUCCCAAGGCAAGCUCCAACAAGCUUGUGGACCUUGAAAUUGUGAGCCCCGAGGACAAGAUGGAGAUUUCUCGCUGGAACGAACGUCCGAUCGCUGCAGUUGAGCGAUGUGUCCAUGAAUUCAUCCAGGACAAGUGCCUCGAAACGCCGGACGCACCAGCAGUAUGCGCGUGGGAUGGAGAGCUCACCUAUAAAGAAUUUUGGGCGCUUGCCUCCUCGUUCGCCAGCUACCUUGUGUCCCGCGGUGUGGGACCGGAGGUAUUUGUUCCUGUCUGCCUUGACAAAUCCGCUUGGGCGAUGGUCACACUCAUCAGUAUCUUGAUUGCUGGUGGUGGCUACGUUCCUUUGGAUCCUCAUCACCCUGUUUCCCGCCACGAAGAGAUCUUGAAGGAUGUCAGCGCCAACAUGAUUCUCUGCACACCAAAGUACACCAACCGAUACACCAGAGCUGUCAAGACGGUCAUUCCGAUCAGCAAGGAAACCCUCAAGGCUUACGGAGCCCGCAAUGUCGCUACCAAGAACCGCACCAAGGUCGUUCCUUCGAAUAUGGCUUACACGCUUUUCACUUCUGGUUCUACUGGACGCGCCAAGGGAAUCGUCGUUGAGCAUAGGAACGUCGUCAGCAGCAUCAUGGCAUUUGGGCCAAUGACCCUUAUGGGCCCUAAAUCUCGAGUGUUCCAAUUCGCCUCUCUGACCUUUGAUGCCGCUAUAAUGGAAACGCUUGCAAUUCUCAUGCUUGGUGGUUGCAUUUGUGUUCCAAGUGAAGAUGAGCGUCUAAACGAUAUUGCUGGUGCCAUCCGCCGUCUGAACGUCACUUGGACUUUCCUAACACCAUCCAUUGCAAGCAUCAUCGAGCCCGCAUCCGUUCCUUCUCUGGAAAUCCUCAUUGUCGGUGGUGAGAAGAUGUCGCAAGAAGUCAUUACCAAGUGGGCCAACGUUCUUCACCUGAUGAAUGGCUACGGUCCUACGGAGACUGUUGUCUUCGCGGUUGUUGAUACGGCCGUCGCUGCCAAUCGAGACCCAGCACGCAUUGGCUAUGGUAUCCCGUGCACUUUGACUUGGAUCGUUGAUGCCGAGAACCAUGACCGGCUCGCCCCGCUGGGCGCAGUUGGCGAGCUCGCCCUUGAAGGCCCUGCUUUGGCCAGAGAAUACCUGAAGAACCCCGAGAAGAAUGCAGAGUCAUUCGUCACAGAUCCUGCCUGGGUCAAGGACUUUGAAUUAUCUGUUCCGUCGCCGCGCCGAAUCUACAAAACUGGCGAUCUUUGCUAUUACAACCCUGAUGGCUCCAUCGAAUACAUUAGCCGGAAGGAUCAUCAGGUCAAAUUGCAUGGACAGCGCAUGGAACUUGGUGAGAUUGAGCACCGACUCUAUGAAGACAAGGCGGUUCGCCACGCAGUUGUCAUUCUGCCCAAGACUGGCCCUUUGAAGCAGCGCCUGGUGACCGUCAUGUCUGCCAACAAAAUUGCUGCCGACAACAAGCUCAUCUCCGAUAAGGCAUGCGAGCUGCUUGAUGAUGAAGAAUUUGACAACGAGGGGCUGUCUAUUCUUGUCGAGGUUCAGAAGAACCUUGAAGCUCAACUCCCUGUUUACAUGGUCCCACAGACAUGGGCUCUCAUCAAGAAGCUCCCCAUGCUUGUGUCAGGCAAACUUGAUCGGAAGAAGAUCACUGCCUGGCUUGAGACAAUCGACGAUGUGUCGUACGAGCGCAUCAUGCAAGACUUCGACCGCAUGAAACGUGGCGUGACCGAAAAGCCACAGCCGGAGCAGGAGAAAGAUGGCGCAUUCAAGAUUAUUCGCGAGAUCUUUGCACAGGUUCUCAAUAUCUCGCUACAAAAGGUCAACGUCGACCGCUCUUUCGUCAGCUUGGGUAAGUUUCCAAUCGAUUCAAGUCCCAAUCCAAAUGAAGACCCAUUCUUACAAAUCCAUCCAGGCGGCGACAGUAUUACCGGCAUGGCAGUCAUAUCCAGAGCGCGUAAACAGGGUCUAGUUGUCACAUUGAAUGACAUUCUACAGUCCCGAUCAGUCAAGGAACUGGCCCAGACAGCCAGUGCCAAGAUGCCCGCUUCUGGUAAGCGAGAGGAGAAGUCUGGGGAGGGCUUCGGGCUUUCGCCUAUUCAAAAGCUUUACAUGCAGUCCUCGUCCUCCUUCAAGGGUGUCUCUCGUUUCAACCAAAGCAUCACAGUGCGCAUCGCGCGCAGAGUCGAAGCGGAGGUUCUGCGCCGGGCAGUCAAGGCUGUUACUAGCCAGCACUCCAUGUUCCAGGCUCGAUUCAAAAAGGGCAAAGACGGAAUCUGGCAACAGAAAACUGCCGGUGAGGUUGAUGCAUCUUACCGAUUCCGCGUGCACUCUGUCAGUGACACUCGUGCAAUGGUCCCAAAGAUCGCCGAGAGCCAGUCCUGCCUGGAUCCACUCAAUGGCCCUAUAUUUGCGGCCGACCUAUUUAAUCUGCGCAGUGGUGGCCAGGUACUCUUCCUUGUGGGUCACCAUCUGUGCGUCGACAUGGUAUCUUGGCGAAUCAUUCUCCAAGAUCUUGAAGAGUUGGUCGUCUCUGGCUCGCUUUCUGAUGAGAAGCCCUUAUCUUUCCAGAGCUGGUGUGCCAUGCAGCUUGAGCGAGCCAAGACUCAUCAUGCUGCCCUGACUCUCCCAUUCAUCCCAGCACAGCCUGAUAUGAGCUACUGGGGUAUGCGAGAUACUCCUAAUCUCUACGGUGAUCUCAAAAUGGAAUCUUUCACUUUGAGUGAAGAGACCACCAAGUUUCUCCUUACCGACUGUCAUGAUGUCUUUGGAACGGAGACCGUCGACAUUCUGCUUGCCGCAAUUGUUCACUCCUUUCGUCUGACCUUUACGGACCGGAACGUUCCUACCGUUUACAAUGAAGGUCAUGGUCGCGAGCCUUGGGAUGCCAGCAUCGACCUUUCGAGAACCGUCGGGUGGUUUACCACAAUGGCCCCGCUACUUGUUAACGGAGAGCAAGGAACAAUACUUGACACCAUCAAGCGUGUCAAAGACACUCGGCGCAAACUCACCGACAAUGGCCGGCCCUACUUUGCCAAGAGCCUUCUUGCGUCCGAACAACAGUCAUAUGAUAAUUUCCAGCUCCCAUUGGAAAUUUUGUUCAACUAUCUUGGCAAGUUGCAACAGCUUGAGCGGGCUGAUUCUCUCUUCUGCCACCAGGGCAGUGUCUUCGACAGCUCUGACUUUGCUGUUGCUGGUGACAUGGGCCCAGAAACAAAUCGUUUUGCGCUGUUUGAGCUCUCUGCCAUUGUUAUAAAAGAACGUCUCAAUGUUUCAUUCGCCUACAACCGCAAGAUGUCUCGGGAGCCUCAAAUCCGCCGCUGGAUUCUGCAGUGCAAGCAAACCCUUGAGAAGGAAAUGUCUGCUCUGAGAACUGCCACCCCGGAGCCGACCCUCAGCGACUAUCCCUUGCUGCCUAUCAACUACAAUGGCCUCCAGAUCCUCUUCAACAACACUUUCCGAAAACUCAGCAUUGGCAGCAAGGCUGAAGUGGAGGACAUUUAUCCCUGCUCUCCCAUGCAGGAGGGCCUGUUGCUCAGUCAGCUCCGUGACUCUAGUGCUUACAUGUUUCAUACCAUCUUCGAGAUCAGAGAUGCGCGAUCCAGUAAGGUAGAUUCCGAGAAACUUGCCUGGUCUUGGCAGAUGCUCGUGGACCGCCAUCCAGUGCUUCGAACGGUCUUCAUUGACAGCAACUACACCGGCGGAUCGUUUGAUCAGCUUGUGUUCAACAAGAUGACUGACAAUGUACUUCGUGUCGAGUGCCCCGAUUCCCAAGUCGAGGAGAAACUGGCGGCCAUCUCCCUUCGAGACCUCAACGCCAUCCGACCAGCCAAGCUGUCCCAUCAGUUCACUGUCUGCAGAACCACCAGCGGGAGGGUCCUCGUUAAGCUUGAAAUCAAUCAUGCGAUCAUUGACGGCGGUGGUGUCGAUGUUCUUCUCCGCGAUUUGACCCUGGCGUAUGAUAACCGUCUUGCUGACGGUCCUGGGCCCCGAUUCAGUGAGUACAUUCGCUAUAUUAGAAGCCAGAGUCAGGGUGCAGCGCUUGAUCACUGGAAAGAGUACCUCAGCGGUGUGCGCCCUUGCCAUAUUGCUCCAGCUGGUACCUCUCAGGCCAAGCGUGAACUCAAGGGUAUUUUGAUGAAUUUCACGCGUUACCCUGAGCUGCUCAACUUCUGUGAGCAGACUUCGGUUACACUUGCCAAUUUGACUCUUUCGGCUUGGGCGAUCGUCCUUCAAAAAUUCACUCACUCCGAUGAUGUUUGCUUCGGAUACCUCUCUGCGGGUCGCGAUGCGCCUGUCAACGGCAUUCAGGACAUGGUUGGUAUUUUCAUCAACAUGCUCUGCUGCAGAGUGCAAUUCGUUGGCCAUCAGUCCCUUACGGAUGUGUCAAAGAGGGUGAAUGGGGAUUAUAUUCGCAGCAUACCCCAUCAGAGUUGCUCUUUGGCCAGCAUUCAGCACGAACUUGGCUGGAAAGGCCAAUCUCUGUUCAAUACAACCCUCUCCAUUCAGAACCACACUGUAGCUGGUAGCAACAAGGAGAAGGGUCUGUCCUUUGAUCUGCAGCAUGCUCACGACCCUAGUGAGUAUGCUGUCACUGUCAACGUGGAUAUCUCGCGCGGCAAAGAAGGUAUCAUGUUGCGCUACUGGAAUGACGUGGUCAGCGAUGAUCAGGCUCACUCUUUAGUAAACACCAUCGCCAAGGUCUUCACUGGUUUCAUUGAGUCUCCAUCCGCCACCAUAUCAUCCCUCCAAUUCGAGAGCAGAGCUGUGGAGGAGCAGCCUUUGGGAUGGGACAACACUGACAGCGCUCAGUCCACUGUCAGUGAGAAGAUGAAGUCUGGUUUCGAGAUUUUGGAUGGUUCCGCGAUGCAAAAAUUGAUUGACAACCGCGUGCAUGAAAUCAUUGGCCAGAUGCUAAGAGAUGGCAAGUUGAUGGUACCCCAUAUCCAGCCAGACAGCUUCUCAGGCUAUUGUCACCCGGAUGACGGAGUGGAUUCCCCGUACCCGUUGGAGGCUAUUCAGGGAGGAGCAGAUGAUUCCGGUGUUUGCUCUGCAACAUCGCGAUCGAGUGAGGAUGGACUGUUGGCGGAUCUUGAGAGAAGACUUUGGAGUCUUUGGAGUACUGCUCUGGGCCUUUCGCCCCACGUAGUGAGACACCAGGACAGUUUCUUCAAGUUGGGUGGCGACAGCAUAACCGCGAUGAAGAUGGUUAGCGCUGCCCGCGAGGAUGGCCUGGUUCUUACUGUUGCAGAUGUUUUCAACAACCCGGUAUUUGAGGAUAUGCUUGCGACUGUUCGUGCUGCCAAUGCUACCCAGCAGAUGCUAGAUGUUGAUCUGAAGCCUUCGCACAAGGAGGUUGAUUCUUUCGCUGACAGCAAGCCCACGACACUGGCACCUACUCCAUCCUCUGAAAGUAUCUCCGUUCUUCGGCCUACUAUGGCUGUUGAUGAUGCAUUGGUGCAGAGUGGCAUCUGUCCCAAGAUCGGUGUUUUCAAGGGUGGCAUUGCUGAUGUCCUCCCAGUGACAGACUUCCAGGCAAUGUCUUUGACUGCGACUCUUUUCAAAUCGCGCUGGAUGUUAAACUAUUUCUUCCUGGAAGGAAAUGGGCCUUUGGACCUCCGCCGCCUCCGUGAGAGCUGCCUCAAGGUUGUUGAUGCAUUUGACAUCCUGCGCACCGUUUUCGUGUGCUUCCACGACCAGUUCUUCCAAGUCGUACUUCGCAAGAUCCGUCCCAGCAUUUUUGUUUAUGAGACUGAUCGUGCAUUGGAUGAGUUUACCAUGAACCUACAGCAACGGGAUCGUGAAUACGGCCCUCGUGAGGGAGAGCAGUAUGUGCAGUUCUACGUGGUCAAGAAGAAGGAGAGUGACCAGCACCGGAUCAUGAUCCGGCUUUCUCACACCCAGUACGAUGGAGUGUGCUUGUCAAAGAUUAUGUCUGCCAUCAAGCUGGGAUAUGAGGGCAGCCCUCUACCUCCCGUGACUCCUUUUGCUAGCUACCUUCGCCAACUUCCGGGUACAAUCACCCCGGACCAUUACAAUCACUGGUCCAACCUCCUGAAGGGAUCGCAAAUGACGCAGGUUGUGCGACGAAAGGGAACUUCCAUGUUCCAGAAUAUCGGUGCCUUCACUGAGAUCCGCAAAACAAUUGAGAUCCCCCCCAAUGCGCUAGGGAAUGUCACUAUUGCAACUUUGAUGCAGGCUGCUUGGGCUAUCACGCUUGCUAAGGUGUCUGCGCAGUCUGAUGUCGUCUUUGGCCUGACAAUCAGUGGUCGCAAUGCCACCGUCCCUGGUAUUGAGACCACUGUUGGCCCAUGUGUCAACGUUAUUCCAGUGCGCGUGAGGUUUGAUGAGAAAUGGACCGGCCUGGAGCUGUUCCGCUCUCUUCAAGACCAACAAGUUUCAAACAUGCCAUUUGAGUCCCUUGGCUUCCGGGAAAUUAUUAAACAGUGCACCGACUGGCCUGCUUGGACCUACUUCACUACUUCGGUCUUCCACCAGAAUGUCGACUAUGAAGGUUCCCUGGAGUUGGACAACACCAAGUACCGCAUGGGCGGCGCCGGUGUCAACGACAACUUUGCUGACUUGACGAUGGUCUCCCGUCCUGCCGACGAGCGCAACCUCAAUAUUACUCUCGGAUUCUCGGAGAGGGGUCCUAUAAUUCCAGCUUUCGCAACAAGGGUCCUCGGAAUGGUCUGCGAGAUCGCGCAGUCCCUUGUUGCAAACCCAUCCACCGCCCUUCCAUCACCUAGCAUGCUGCGCUCUCUUCCGCCUCAAGUAGUUGACGACCUGUCUCGAUCCUCAGAUGAACACUUCCUCAGUGCGCACCUCAAGUCCCGCUCAAUCGCAGAGCUGCUUGUCCACUCGGACAUCCUAUCCCGCUCGUGGCAUCAGGUCCUACCCAGCCGUGCGCCCACUACUUCCGCCGACUCAGAUUCCGGUGACAAGACUGCACACCAAACAGCCUUCCAGCUUGACUCAUCAUUCUUCGAUCUGGGCGGCGAUAUUUUCAACAUGGCCCAGCUGACCUGGAUUCUUGAGCAAGAAGGUCUCAAGGUACGCCUCGAAGACCUCCUCGAGCACCCUUCCUUCCUCGGUCAGAUGGCCGUCCUGGCCUUGCACAAUGCCAAGCACCAGGAGGACUUUGGCCCUGACUUCGCCACCGAUGCCGUAUCGCCCAGGCCCACCGUCAAUACUCGUGGAGAGAAGAAGAAAACAUGGGAGAAGGCCAUGACGCUGGCACGCAAGCUGACCCGGAGGAACAACAUGGUCUCCAGCCGUGCUUGA